GCCAGUAGACUCUGGUGCCAUGGAGCUUCCCAGUUACAGCAAGCAGCUGCUGCAGCAGCUGUACGCUCUCUGCAAAGAGCAGCAGUUCUGCGAUUGCACCAUCUUCAUUGGGAAUGUUCAUUUUAGAGCACACAAGGUGGUUUUGGCUGCUGCCAGUCUGCUUUUUAAAUCCUUGUUGGACAGCACAGACACCAUCUCCAUUGACGCUUCUGUGAUGACCCCUGAGGAGUUUGCGCUCUUGCUGGAGAUGAUGUACAGUGGCAAACUCCCACUGGGGAAACACAAUUUCUCCAAAGUAAUCUCCGUGGCAGAUAGUCUGCAGAUGUUUGAUGUGGCUGUUAGUUGCAAGAACCUCCUCAGGGACCUCAUCAACUGUUCGACUCAGGACCAGGUAGUGAGAGAAGUCUCCAGCCAGGCAGCAGACUCAUCUGGAAACCAUGCUGAAGCUAAUAACUUGCCCCAGUCUGAAAAACCUGCUGAAGGAAAAACAGAUACCCUCCUCCCUCAGAGAGUUUCCCCUUCUCCUGGUCCUCUUGAAGCAGAAAUGGAAGCAGAUGUUUCUCCUCCUGGCCAGGAACUUACUGUGAAUCACACCUGGGUUCACUGGGAUGGGAUGCCAAGUGACUCUAGAUCCCUCUGGGGGGAUUCAGGCUCUCAUCCUGAUCAGCCUGCCUGUGCCGAGCAGGUUGGCCGUGCAGAAGAGGAGCUUGCUGAGCCUCUGGAGGAGAAAGGAGCAGCGAGGGAUUUAGCAGCAGAGAGCAGAAGCUGUAAACUGGAUUUCUUUCUUCGAUAUGAAAGUGUUUUCUCUGAGGCCCUUUCUGAUGCCCGAGCUGUGCUGAAAAGACUAGAAGAGUGCAGAGAAAUUGAUGCCGCUCAAAAGGAGGUGGUUUUGGAUUGCUGUGAAGGUGGCUCUCAGAGGGAGGCCAUGGACAAUCUGCUCAGGAAGGUGGAUGAAGAGAAAAUGCUGAAAGCAGAAAGUUUGGUCAAACUUCUGAUGGCUGUGAAAGCAUCAUUCCCUGGUCUCCACCUUGUGCUAGACAACUUGAUGACAACAGCAAAUAUCUCUGAUGGCAAAGCCAAAUGGAGCCCCAAGGAUUAUGGAGCCAAACUGUUGAGAAGAUACCGAGAAAAUUUAGUGGAGCUCCUCACAGACACCCAGAUGCUGCUGCAGGGCAUCUCUGCUGCACAGAGCCUGGCUCCUGCUGAGAGAGAGGUGAUGGAGCAGGUUGUGAAGCGUGAGACCGGCGGUUUCGCCUCCCUCGUGUCCGCGGCUCUGGAGGAGCAGUCUCUGUCGGUCUGUGCCGUUUGGCAGCUGCUGCUGGCUGUGCGAGAACCUGCACCGCUGAACCUGCUCAUGGAGGAGAUCCGAAAACAACCUGGUGCAGAGUUUUUCUUCCAAGCAGUGUCCACCAGCGAGAGCACAGCCAUUGAGAUCAUCCUGCGGCACAGCAAGCUGAUCUCGGAGGCCAUCCAGCAGAGAGCGGACCUGGAGGGCUUGGCUCCGGGGGAGGCAGGACUCACAGAAGCAGUAAAAGAGCUACUGAGUAUUUCUGCUCAGAAGGAAAGUUCAGAGGCCUCCUUGAAAGCAGCUCUGAGCACAGCCCAGGAGAAGUCUGUUCCGGCCAUCAAGAUCUGUCAGCUGCUGUGCAAUGUCCAUGAGUCCUUCCCGGACCUGCAGCCAGUGAUGCAGGAGCUGGGGCAUGUGGGUCUCUUGACUGAGGGAAGUGGGGAGAAACCUGGGAUCAGGAAGUGGAAGGUGAACAGUGAAUCCCAAGUUGAAGCCCUGGACAAAGAUGAGGACAAGGCAGGAGGUGCCAGUGCCAGGGAACUGAAGGAACUCCAAGAGAAAGCUUCUUCCAAGAAGAGUUUUGUCUGCAAAGCCUGCAAUAAGACCUUCCACUUCUAUUGCCGCCUGAAGGUGCACACGAAACGUUGUCGGGUGGCCAGAGGAAAGCAAAUCCAGUGUAGGGAGUGCAGUGAGGUCAAAUCGACGAAGAAGGAGCUGGAGAAGCAUCAGCUAGAGGUCCACGGGGUGGUGGGGACAGCCAAGAAGAAGAAGAAGCGUCUCCCCGUGGCAUGCGAUAUCUGUGGCCGAGAGUUUGCUCAUGCCUCAGGGAUGCAGUACCACAAGCUGACGGAGCACUUCGACGAGAAGCCCUUCUCCUGCGAGGAGUGCGGGGCCAAGUUCGCGGCCAACUCCACGCUGAAGAACCACCUACGGCUGCACACAGGGGACCGGCCCUUCAUGUGCAAGCAUUGCCUGAUGACCUUCAUGCAGGCCUCUGCCCUCGCCUACCACACCAAGAGGAAGCAUGCUGAGGGGAAGAUGUAUGCCUGCCAGUACUGCGACGCUGUGUUCGCCCAGUCCAUCGAGCUGUCACGCCACGUCCGGACUCACACGGGGGACAAGCCGUACGUCUGCCGGGAGUGUGGGAAAGGCUUUCGCCAGGCCAACGGGCUCUCCAUCCACCUCCGGAACUUCCACAACAUCGAAGAUCCCUAUGACUGCAAGAAGUGCCGGAUGAGCUUUGCCACCCUGCAGGAGCACCGCAAGCAUGUCCACGAAGCCCACUCCCGGGAGUGCCACCCCUGCCCUACCUGCUCUAAAGUCUUCAGCGCCCCAUCCCUCCUGGAGCGCCACAUGGUGACCCACAUCGGAGGAAAGCCCUUUAGCUGUGAGAUCUGUGACAAAGCUUACCAGCAGUUGUCAGGGUUAUGGUAUCACAACCGGACCCACCACCCUGAUGUCUUUGCAGCUCAGAAUCACCGGUCCUCCAAGUUCUCCUCCCUGCAAUGCAGCUUCUGUGACAAAACCUUCUCCAGCACUGCUGCUCACCGAAAGCACGUCAAAGCAGAGCACACAGAUGUGAAGUUCCACGAGUGUGAGACGUGCAAGGAGCUCUUCCCCACGCUGGCUCUUCUGCAGGUCCAUGUGAAGUGCAGGCACUCAGGGUCCCAGCCAUUUCGCUGCUUGUACUGCUCAGCAUCCUUCUGCUUCCCAGGAGCCCUGCAGAACCAUGUCACCACUGAGCACUUCAAGCAGACGGAGAGCACCUUCACUUGCGAGCUCUGUGGGGAGCUCUUCCCCUCCCAGGGAGAGCUGGAGAGGCAUUACAGUGCUGAGCAUCCCAAGGUGGUCUUCUCCCAAGCCACCACAGCCCAGAUUGUGCAGGUGAUUCAGACGUCGGAGCAAGGAGGAGCAGAGCACAUCAUCUCUUUUGAUGAGGCCCAACUUGCUGGCUCCCAAGUCUUUGUGACAUUGCCUGAAUCCCAAAUGAGCCAAGCUGGCUCCGAGCUGGUGGCAGUGACCAUGGAGGACUUCUUUGAUGACAAAGUCACUCUGAUUUGUGAAGAAACCAAGUGAGAGUGAGCGGCGGGUGCCCAUGCAUGGUGCCUGAUAUCCACUAGACUCGUUCAGGAGCUGUACCUCAACGUGCUGCUCCAGCAGGGAGAUUCAGGGUUUCUUUGGGAAAGCAGCUUCGGGUAUGCAGUGCUGCAAAAGAAAUGGCAUGCAGCAAGCACGGCGUGGCCAAGGACAGGAGAGGUUUGCAAACAUUCACAGGGGCCUGGGAAAUCUCCCUGCAGUCGGCAGCUGCCAGCUCAGGUGAGCUGGACCACUCAUC